AUGAGUGCCUCUACAGCUGGACCAUCUAACUCCCGGGCAGCUACGGAGCCCCUGGGCGGCAGGGAUCUCUGUACGAAAGAGAACAUCUCCGCACCCAUCUUCGCCUCGAUAGGGACCGUCCUUGUCGACUGCUUCGACCCUGUUUCCCGCUCCAACGUCGCCAGCGUCACCCCAACAUCCACUCGCCCGCCCUCUCCCACCUCGGACAUACUCCCCUCCCUCCGCCUCCUCUCCCUGAGCGUGGGCAAGCCCUCAGGCGGCGCAUCAGGCUCUAUCACACCUCAACGUAGCUUUUCCUCGGACGAUACCGACCCCUCCUCUUCCCUCUCCCUCGCGUCGUGCAGUAGCAGCGCGACCUCACACUCGGAGGAUGAGCCGCUCGAGGUGCUCGGCGGCGGGGCGCUGUACGCACUGAUAGGCGCCCGGAUAUGGCUGCCGGCCAAUAAGUGUCGGACGCUCGUUGAUACUGCCGAAGGGAGGAGUGAUUUGGGGCCGGAUCUGGAGGCGGAGUUGGAGGGGUAUGGGCCGGGAUGUUGGGGAUAUCAAGAGGGAGAGGGGAGGAGGAUGAUUCGUGCGCGAAUACGAUAUGAGGGUACCGUCAGACUAUAUAAGCACCUAGUCCCUCCCCUUCCACGGCCAUUCUCCUCUCUCCUCUCUACACCUAUCGACGGCGCGCAGUACCUUCACAUCUCGCCGCCAUACUCACCAGAAAACGUCUUCCAGCUCUUGGCUGAGCAAAGGCAGGUGGAGGCUGGGUCAUCUGCUGGAAAGGGUUCUGUUGGCGGGAGCAGGACGUGGAGGCCAAAGAUCGUCUAUGAGCCGACGCCGCAGAGCUGUCAUGUUGGCCAGAAAGACUUCUUGGAGUCUAUCUUGCCUGAUCUGGAGAUCUUAUCACCCAAUCACGAAGAGCUGCUUUCACUGUAUGACCGGCCCCUCCUUCCUCUCUCCUCCCCGCUCCUCCGACCCACACUGGAGGAGAUCAUUACCCACAAUCUUCAGCUCGGCAUCGGUUCGGACGGGUCUGGAGCGGUCGUCGUCCGAUGCGGCAGCCUUGGCUCGGUAGUCGGGACGCGGAAAGGCGGGAUCAAGUGGGUCCCGGCGUACUGGGAUGAGGAGGAGGAGUGGCGGGUCAGGGGCGUCACUGGCGGCGGUAACUCUUAUCUCGGUGGCUUUAUCGCUGGUCUCGCAGCGUCCGCCGGCGACCCGUACGAGGCCGCACUGUACGGCACUGUCUCUGCCUCUUUUGUGGUGGAGCAAAUCGGCCUUCCUAGGCUCAGCACGAUCACCGACUCUGUCUCUUCUGACGACAAGGAGGAAGACCAGGGCUAUCGGUGGAAUGGGGAGGUUCCGGAGCUAAGAUUGGAAAAGCUGAGAAGGAGGGUGGCUGGGGAGAUCAUGAGGGAUUCGCCGGAUGUUGAUCUGGUGGAAAACUAA